GAGGUCGGUAUCACCGGUAAAUACGGUACCAGAUAUGGUGCCUCCCUGCGUAAGCAGGUGAAGAAGAUGGAAGUGACCCAGCACGCUCGCUACAUCUGCACCUUCUGCGGCAAGAACACCGUGAAGCGCCAGGCUGUUGGUAUCUGGGAGUGCAAGGCUUGCAAGAAGACCGUUGCCGGCGGUGCCUACGUUGUCUCUCAUCCGACCGCAGUUCAGUCGACUCGCAGCAACCUGUUCGGUCAAGAGCACUUUUAUCGCCUUUCCAUUCACCUGACUGACACCUGUAUUGUUUGUUUAGGAGACCUUGGCGAAAGCGCCAGCGAUCCUCUUGCCGCCGAGCCCGUGCCAAGACCUGAGGUCGAGGCAGCUCUGGUCGGGCGGAGGGCUUCCAGAACGGACGGCGAGCAAAGCGAUGAUGCGUCGGAUGAUGCCGGGCAGAUCGCUCAGCUGUUGCCCUGCGGCCAUAUCCUACAUAAUAUCUGCUUGAAGCCCUGGGUGGAGCGGGCCAACAGCUGCCCUAUCUGCCGUCGCAGCUUCAAUAUCGUCGAGCUAAGUGAUCGGCCGGGAGGUCCCGUGACUUCCUCGUAUGCGGUGGAGGAUCGGGUGCAGGUCGCCGACGUGGAUCCUUCCAUGAUCAUCGAUUACAUUGAUGACGAUCUCGCCGAUUUUCAACCCUGUCCAGUCUGCGGCAAUGAUGACAACGAGGAGGUCCUGCUGUUGUGUGAUGGCUGCGAUGUGGCCUACCAUACCUACUGCGUCGGGUUGGACGCGGUCCCCCCCGGAAAUUGGUACUGUGACCAGUGUGAGACGCAACGGGCCAUCGGGGCCUCCGAGACAGUCACACGCCCGCCCCGACUGGGGUCCCUCCGUGGUCGCCGCACGAGAGCCCAGCAGCGGAGGCUGCAGAGUAGUAACCAGAUCCAGGAUCUUCACUGGGCUCGGGUGUGGCAGUCGGUCUGGGAUCAUCUGAAUCUGGACCUGGAUUUCCCCUUUGAUGACGAGCGGGCCGCGGAGCGCUUGGUGCAGCAACGGCGCCGUGAAGCGGCGAACCAACGCGAAUUCCGAGCCUGGCAACGCCGCUUCGAAGUGGCCGAACGCCAGGGUGGAGGCAGUCGGUUUCUCGACUCGGCUGCUCUGCUCGACAUUGAGGCGCCACGGCCCUCCCGACCGCGGGUGCCCCGCGCCCCGACCCCGGAGCCCGAGUCGCUGGAAGAGAUGCGAGCCUGGAACGCGUUUGAGCGAGCAAGGGAGAUUGAGAACAAUCCCAACGCCGCGCGGAAGCGCAAAGAGCCUACGCUAUCCCCGUCACCCGAACCGACCGAGCCGGAACGCAAAUUGAAGCGUCCGAGAACGCGUCGGCCUGAGGAACUGGCCGCGCUAGCGAUGCAAAACGGCGAGUCUUCAAGAUCGGCCAGUGUGCAGGCGUCGAGUCGCAUCCACGCCGAGAAUCCCAGCAGCGGGCCCAGCUUCCUCCAAUCCCUGCUGAAGGAGGUUGAGGACUCGAGCCAUCGACCCUCGUACGGGCCGUCUGGCCAUGCGUCGAACACGCCGGCAGAGCAGGCCAGCCCGGGCCCCUCGUCACCCUCCCUAUCCCCGGUCCCGUCGAAUCACUCCUCCCCGCGCCUUUCCUCUGUUACCCCGCCACCACAUCGAACGAGGCCUGUGUCCCCCAUCCAACUAUCGCCUCCCUUGGAAGCUUCCUCGCCACCUUUCUCGCCCACCCUCACGUCUCUAUGGUCCUCACCUUCCCCAUCAUCAUCACCUACCCGGGACACGAAGGAGGAGAACGGGCAACCGCGCCGCACUGUCGCUCGGCCCCACGACGUCUCCUCCUCUAGCCGGCCCAAUCUCUCCCUACCAGUCAAGUCGGAAGUCCAGAAGCUUGUCGGGGCGGCUUUGAAGCCGUUCUAUCGCAGCAAAGCGGUCACCAAAGACGAAUACACGGACAUCAACCGGAUGAUCUCGCGCCGGCUGUACGACUUGGUAGGUGGCAUGCAGUCGCUAGAGGGGGAGACCAAGGCCGAGAUCGAGCGGGCUGCCAGUGACGAAGUGCACAAGGCGAUCGACGCGCUGAAG